AUGAAGACCAUUGUCGUUCUCGGCACCGGCGUCGCCGCCGCCGCCGUCAUCCGCCAGACCAUGAAGUCGACCGUCCUCCCCCGCCACGACAUCAAGAUGGUCGUCGUCAGCCCAAGCACGCACUUUCUCUGGCCCAUUGCCAUGCCGCGCGCCAUCGUCCCCGGCCAGCUCGCCGACGACAAGGUACUGUACGCGCUGCAGCCCACCUUUGCCGAGUACCCCGCCGGCAAGUUCGAAUUCGUCCUCGGCACCGCCAGCGCGCUCGACCCCGACGUCAAGAGGGUCCAGGUGGCGCUGGGCGGCGACGAGGGAGCCACGAGAGACGUCGCGUACGACGUGCUCGUGAUUGCCACGGGCGCUGCGUCGAGGGACGACAUGCCGUGGAAGCCGCUCGACACGACGGAGAGCACGGUCGCGAAGCUGCGCAGCGUGCAGAAGCAGAUUGAGGAUGCCGAGACGAUUGUGGUCGCGGGAGGCGGGAUUACGGGCGUGGAAACGGUCGGGGAGCUGGGCUACGAGUAUUCGCGCACCGGCCGCAAGAAGGUCUACUUUGUCCACGCCGACGCCCUCCCGCUCGCGUCGCCGGUCAUGGAGUCUGUGCGGAAACAGACGCGCGCCGAGCUCGCCAAGCUCAAGGUCCAGAUUGUGCCCAGCACCAAGGUUACUAAGGUCACCGCGUCGGGUGCCGACACGGUGCUGGAGCUGACGGCCGCCAACGGCAAAACGACCACCUUGAAGACGCAGGCGUACAUUCCCGCCCUGGGUGUCGUCCCCAACACGGCGUUUGUGCCUGCGCGCAUGCUCAAUGCCGGCGGCUACGUGAAGCAGACGACGGCGCUGCAGACGGAGGACCACGAGGACAUUUUUGUGAUUGGCGACGCGGGCAGCUUAGAGGGCAACCGAGCCGCGAUGGCGGACGCGCAGGCCAAGCACCUGAUUGAGGCGCUGCCGCUGCAUCUGGACGGCAAGACGCUGCCAGAGUACAAGCCCGCGACAAAGGACAUGUUUGGCAUCACGCUGGGGAGAGGCAGGGGUACAGGGCAGGUGGGUAGUUUCAAGAUUUUUAGUAUUCUGAUUUGGUAUGUGAAGGGACGGUUCUUGGGGACGGACUAUGCGGACCAUCUCGCGGCAGGCAAGAGGACGCUGACAACCAAGUUCGAAUGA